AGUAAUGUGAGGAAACGUCGAUUUCCGCUUGACACUGGGUUGACCAUAUAUGGCAAGGGCUUCGAGCGACACCCAUUACGUUACUUUGCGUCACCUCCGGUGGGCCCUUUCUCGUCCGAUCCCUUAACAUGGCGCCGCUCAAGCAGAAGAGACCAGCUACUGGCAAGAAGUCCAAAAAGGGACCAGUGCUGAAGUUCACCUUGGACCUGACCCACCCCGUGGAGGAUGGAAUCCUGGACUCUGCAAACUUUGAAACCUUCCUCAAAGAGAGGAUAAAGGUCAACGGAAAGACAGGGAAUCUGGGCAACAUCGUUCAGGUUAUCCGCAUGAAGAACAAGAUCAAUGUCACGUCUGAGAAGCAGUUCUCCAAAAGGUAUCUGAAAUACCUGACAAAGAAGUACUUGAAGAAGAACAACCUGCGUGACUGGCUCAGAGUGGUGGCGUCGGACAAGGAGACGUACGAGCUGCGUUACUUCCAGAUCAGCCAGGACGACGAAGAUUCAGAGGCAGACGAGUGAACCGUUGUCGAGUGCUGCAGUUGUGUGUGUCAACAUCUGGAGCAGGAAAGGACAAUAAAAGUAGAAAAAUAA